UAACCCUUCAAAGGCUACCGUGACCAUAUGGUCACACCUACAGCGCUGCACAAAAUCAGCUGACAUAUGUACGUAUAUCUUAGUAUACGUGAGGAAGCGAUGAUAUUUAUUCAGUUGACUUAGGAACUUUGUAGUGUGAACGUGUCGCAUUGUUAUUCCACUGAUUUCUCAUUCGUAAUAGAGGUGAACUGCCGUGUUUGUUAGGUAUUCGCAAUAAAAUGGAUCCCAAAUUUGUGCGAGGUUUCUCUCUCAAAGAAGCCUUAGAUAUAGUAUAUAACGACGAAGAAGAUAGCAAUGGUGUGUGUGACAUUUACAUAUCACCGCCGGAACCAAAUGUACUGACAGAUGAAGAUUCGGGUGAUGAAGAAGGCGGGGAAAUGGAUAAUUUAUCACGUGGCCAAUUAUCAACUGCAGCAGAAAUCCGACUUUCUGACAAUUCGCGCAUAACUGGCUUCGAAGAUGUUUCAAAUGAAGAAGGCAGUGAAGGAGACAAUAGUUUAUUAGAAAGUGAAGUUAGUCAGAUUGAAAAAUGUGGUCCAAGCACUAGUUCAAACAAGAGCACCAAAAAGACGAAUUCAACGAAGAAGCCGCAGAAGAAAGUGAAAGAAACACUCAAAAGAACUUGGAUCGAGGGCGAUCUUCUAAAAACGACAGCAGUAUUUCCACAGCCAGACUAUACCAAUUUUAUAGGAAAAUCCCCAACAGAUUUAUUUGAAUUGUUUUUCGACGACGACAUUGUUCGUAUGUUAGUAGAAGAAUCAAAUAAAUAUGCGCUCUUCCUAAACCAUCCAGAUCCGAAAAUAGAAUCUGAUGAAAUGAAGUGUUUCAUCGGUAUACUUAUUUUGACCGGGUAUAACUCUCUUCCCGGAAAAUGUUUUUACUGGGAUUCAGAAUCGGACAUGGGAAAUCAAUUAGUAAAGGAAGCAAUGCGUAGGGACAGAUUUCGACAGAUAAUGCGUUUUUUACAUUGUGCCGAUAAUACCAAACCCAAUUACAAAGACAAAAUGUGGAAACUUAGGCCGCUCAUUGAAAAACUUCAAAAAAAUUAUUUGAAAUAUUUUAAGCCGACAGAAAAUAUGAGUUACGACGAAUGUAUGGUGAAAUACUAUGGCAGACACAGCUGCAAACAGUUUAUUCGCGGAAAACCGAUAAGAUUUGGCUAUAAAGUAUGGAGUUUGAAUGCCGAAAACGGCUACCUAAUCAACUUCGAUAUAUAUCAGGGAAGUAAUCCGAAGUCGGUUACUGAAUAUGACAAUAAAUUUGGAAAAGCUACUUCUCCAUUACUAAUAAUGCUAGACUCCUUGCCAGAUAGAAAUCUUCGUUAUCAAAUUUAUACAGACAAUUUGUUUACGAGUUUCAAUCUUUUGACGGAGCUAAAGCAAAGAGGCUAUGGAGUUACAGGAACCGUUAGAGAAAAUAGGGUUCCAAAGGACUGCCCAAUAACUUCUAAAUUAGACAUGAAGAAAAAAAAAAGAGGUUCUAUCGAGUCUAAAAUUUCAAAAGAUGAAGGUGUGAUACUAGUGCGUUGGACUGACAAUGCCCCUGUUACCAUGGCUUCAACUUCUUAUGGAAUUGAACCCACUUCUUUGGUGAAAAGAUAUUCACAGUCCGAGAAGAAAAUUAUUCAAAUUCCCCAGCCACGUCUUAUAAAUGCCUAUAAUAAAUAUAUGGGUGGGACAGAUCGGAUGGACGAAGAUAUUGCGCGCCAUAGAAUAGGUAUCAGAAGUAAGAAAUGGUAUUGGCCGUUACUUACUUGGCUUAUAGAUACCGCAUUACACAAUGCAUGGAUACAGUAUAAAAGUGCAGGUAAUUCAAUUACUAAUCUGAAUUUCAGAAGAGAAAUUGUAAAGGUAUACCUAAAUAGGUUUAAAACUGCCCCAAAAAGAUAUGGAAGACCAACAACGAGUAGAAAUAGUGUCUCCAUGAAUAGGAUUUCGGAUGAUAUCAGGUAUGACCAUAAGGACCACUUAGUUGUUCCAGUUCCAAAUAACAAGAGGAGAAGAUGUGCCGGAGAAGGAUGCUCCUCUGUUGGUCGAACACAGUGCAAUAAAUGUGAUUUGGGACUAUGUGUGGAAUGUUUUUAUAUAUUUCACAUUAAAUAAUUUGUUCGACAUUUCUGUAUUCAUAUUGGGCUAGUGUGACCAUAUGGUUACGCCAUUUUUUUGAGAAAAAUAAAGGAAAAAAAUGCAUAAUUCUUAUUCUACCCAACACUGAUAAAUGGAAUUCACUCAAUAGAAUCGCUAAAUUUGCUCUCUUGAAAAAAUAAUAAUUCCGCCUUUGAAGGGUU